CGCCCUCGGUGGUUGUUUGCGUGACAAAGUCGCCGGAGUGCAGUCGUGUAUUUUCAUCUCAGCAUCGCGUUUGUUUUGCAGAUAACAGUGAUUGUUGAUAAAAAGUAUCGCACCUAGACCAGCAGUUUGAAUCGCCUUACAUUAUCUAUAUAUUCUAUUUUUCAAUAAACCUUAAACAUCGAGCCUUUGUGUGCGGGAUAAAAAGUCUUGCAGCUCACGGCACAUACGCGAAGUAGAAGUAUACACCGUACGCAAAAUGCCCGCAACAGUGCAGAACGUCUCAGGGGAUAGUGAUAAACAUAGCAGUGAUACGACGGCUGUUCAAUUCUACAACGACCACGUUUUCAGUGCUGGAGGUGAUGGAAAAGUAAAGGUAUGGACUAAAGAUUUACGACUGGUCAAAGAGCUUACGCCUCAUGAGGCUUACAUUUAUGCGAUGGUAAUCGAUUCGAAAGGCCAGCUCUAUACCAGCAGCUGCGACGGUACGAUCAAGUGCCUUACGAGCCCGCUCACCAGUGACGACUGUAAGGAACUGCUCAAAUGCAAGGAUGAGAUCGAAUGUCUGUUCGUCGAUCCGAAGGAUAAUCUGUACAGCGGCGACGAUAAGGGCAUCAUUACGAUGUGGAUCGAUCAACGCAUCAAGUAUAAGUUCAAUGUGGUCGAGCAGGUACGCUCGAUGGCCAUACAGAAGAACAUAAUAUACUCGAUUCGAGAUAACGAUCUGACCGUGACGGAAAUCAUCGAAGGAUCCGCUUCGGGUCGCUUCAUGACGAAGGCGUCCAUCCCCGGCAGAUGCCCGGUGCGGCUGUGCGGCGGUUGUACUGAGGAUGGAGUUUACCAAAAUGUAGCUAUACUCACGCGAGAUGGGUUGGGUAUCACGAUGAUUCGAAAUAGCAAACAGGAACAGUAUCCUGUAACAUGGACCAAAGAGAAUGCCCAUAACAUGAUAAUCAAUGCCAUGGCGGCGAAGGAUGAGUACCUGUACACUGCAGGCUACGGCGGUAUAAUCAAGCAGUGGUCAGAGCUGGAUGCUAAACAACCGAAACUGACCGGCGAAGUUGUAGUUGGUUCUAAUGGCAUUUGCAUUAACGCUGUCGCUAUGGGCGCGGACAAAACACACUUGUAUGCCGGAUGUAGCGACGGAACAUUGCAGCUCGUAGCAUUCGACUAAAGCUUCCCCGUCGAGCGAUGCCAUUUGGUGUGCAUUUCAUCCGUUUAGCGUCGAGAUGGCUUGUGCCAUCGGAAUGCGAAAACGUAGUCAAGCUGGUUGGGUAUAUGCUUGCCUAUUAAUUGCCACCUACCUACUCGAACCUAUUGCCGGUCGUAAGCUAGUCGAGCAGCCUUGUCGAUGUCGGCGAUUGCUAAACAAUGAACCGAUAGGUCGCUUCCAAAAGUAAAGCGUGUAUAGUUUUUCCUGCAUUAAUUUAUCGUUUACCCAGGGGAGCCAAAGAAAUCAUGUACUAGAAAGCAAAAGGUACCAAAGUUCAAACGGUUUGCGGUGGAAAUGUUUGCAAAAUAAAUACAAACUGAUAAAUGCCAUUUUUAAAAGCGAA